AUGGACACAGGCUUGGAAGCACUGGAAAUUCAUUUUUGCAGCUACAGAGAGAAAUUUCUUAGUCUGUAUUGCCGCCUUUCUGCUGUUGUGGAGCUGGAUUCUCUGAAUACCCAACAGUCCUUGAGGGAAGCGAUUUCGGACAGUGAGGUUGCAGCUGCCAAACAACGACAUCAGCAAAUUUUAGACUUCAUUCAGCAAAUAGAUGAAGUGUGGCGUGAAAUGAGAUGGAUAAUGGAUGCUCUACAAUAUGCAAGAUACAAACAAUCAAUUUCUGGCUUACCUAUCACUAAGCUGAUAAACCCCUUGGAUGAGCAUCAUCUAAAAAAAAUCAGCUCUACAUCAUCACAUAUAGACUGUCUUCCAUCACCAUCUCCAUCCCCAGAGAUGCACAGACGAAAAGCAGUGAGUGAGUCCCAGCCCGGCUCUGAUGAAGAAGGCUGCUCGGAAGUCUUCCUCCCCACCGACAGCGACUACGACUCCAGCGACGCCCUCAGCCCCCGAGACCUGGACUUGGUGUACCUGUCUUCGCACGACAUCGCCCAGCAGGCCCUCAGCGGCCUCAGCGGCAGCGCCCCCGACGUCCUUCAGAUUCAUGACAUGAAGCCUCCGGCGGGGCCGGGCCAGGACCCGCAGCAAGGCCGGGCCCCGGGCCCAGACCCAGACCACGCGUGCACCGAGGUCCUCCAUGGCCUGUCACUCACGGGCUUCGCCCCCAAGAAUCACACCAAGAUGGCGCCGCCGGGCACACGGCCCGCGGCGCUAGGCUUUCUGGGCAAGCGGAAGCCCGGCAAGCACCAGCACUACGGCGGCUUCAGUCGCCACCACCGCUGGCUGCGCAUGCACAGCGAGAUGACGCAGUCGCUGUCGCUCUCGGAUGGCGUUUACACUCAACACCUCUCCCCAGCCAGUGGCGCAUCCCAGGAAUCCCGGGAGGCUAAGCCGCUUCCGGGACCCGCGGGGGGCGAUGGGCCCAGGGGCCUGCCUCUAGCCCAUGCGGCCAGCCUCCCAGAGGAGCGGAAGAGCCGCCUCCAGGACCCCAGGCCGCCUCCUCCCACCCACCGCAUCUAUGCCGCCCAGGCCUUUGCAGGGGCCCGGCUGGGCCCAGACGCAAAGCCCUGGGCCAGCUUGAGCCCUGUUCCUGCAGGCCGCAGCCGCUUGCGGAGCCCCUCGGGCCCAGAGAUGAGCCCUGAAGGUCCAGUGUCCCCAGUGUCGGAAAUACUUAGCAGCAUGCUUUAG